GUCUCAGCUAUGCCCCCCACGAGCGUGCGCCUGUCCCACCUGGGCCCCUCAGUGCUGCUGCUGCUGCAGCUGCUGCCCUCCACAUCUGCCUUCUUCCCCAACAUCUGGAGCCUCCUGGCUGCCCCUGGCUCCAUCACCCACCAGGACUUGACUGAGGAGGCAGCUCUCAAUGUCACUCUGCAGCUCUUCCUGGAGCAGCCGCCCCCAGGGCGGCCCCCCCUUCGUCUUGAAGACUUCCUGGGCCGCACCCUCCUCGCCGAUGACCUCUUUGCCUCCUACUUUGGACCUGGGGCCCCUUCCCGGCGGUUCCGAGCAGCCUUAGGCGAGGUGUCUCGCGCCAAUGCAGCCCAGGACUUCCUGCCGACUUCCAGGAACGACCCUGACCUGCACUUUGAUGCUGAGCGGCUGGGCCAGGGGCGCACACGCCUGGUGGGGGCUCUGCGGGAGACCCUGGUGGCAGCCAGAGCCCUUGACCACACCCUGGCCCGCCGGCGCCUCGGGGAGGCCCUCCAUGCCUUGCAGGAUUUCUACAGUCACAGCAACUGGGUGGAACUGGGGCAGCGGCAGCCACACCCUCACCUCCUCUGGCCAAGGCAUGAGCUGGGGAGCCUGGCACAAGUGGAAGAUCCUACCUGCUCCGAUUGUGAGGAGCUGAGCUGCCCUGGGAAUUUGCUGGGUUUCACACUCCUCACCUCUGGCUACUUUGGAUCUCAUCCCUCCAAGCCUCCAGGAAAAUGUAGCCAUGGGGGCCGUUUUGACCAGAGCAGCUCCCAGCCGCCACGGGGAGGCAUCAACAAGGACAGCUUGUCUCCAGCCUUCUCCCCACACCACACGCUCCACCUCCAGGCUGCAGAACUGGCCCUCCUGGCCUCCAUCCAGGCCUUCGGCCUCCUGCGAAGCCGCCUGGGGGACGGGGGUUUCUCCAGGCUGCUGGACAUCACCCCCGCCUCCAGCCUGAGCUUCGUCCUGGACACCACGGGCAGCAUGGGCGAGGAGAUCAACGCUGCGAAAAUCCAGGCCCGCCACAUUGUGGAGCAGCGCCGGGGCGGCCCCAUGGAGCCCGUCCACUAUGUCCUGGUGCCUUUCCAUGACCCAGGGUUUGGCCCCGUCUUUACAACCAGUGACCCUGACAGCUUCUGGCAACAACUCAAUGAGAUCCAUGCUGUGGGGGGUGGAGAUGAGCCUGAGAUGUGCCUGUCAGCCCUGGAGCUGGCCCUGCUGCACACACCUCCACUCUCAGACAUCUUUGUCUUCACUGAUGCCUCCCCUAAGGAUGUCUUUCUCACCAACCGGGUGGAAGCCCUGUCUCAGGAGCGACGCUGCAGGGUAACAUUCCUGGUGACAGAAGACCCACUGAGGGGUCAGGGCCGAGUCCGGCGUGAGGUCUUGUCCCCUCUGCGUUUUGAGCCAUAUGAAGUGGUGGCCCUGGCCUCUGGAGGAGAGGUGAUCUUCACCAAAGAUCAGCACAUUCGGGAUGUGGCAGCUAUUGUUGGGGACAGCAUGGCUGACCUGGUGACCCUUCCCGUGGAACCUCCGGCUGUGGUGCCCGGGAGGCCACUUGUGUUCAGUGUGGAUGGACUGCUCCAGGGGCUCACGGUCCGGAUCCACGGGGAGGUCAGCAGCUUCCAGAUCAGGAGCCCUGCAGGGGUCUCCCAGGGCCCGGAGGAAGGCCAGGGGUCUCUAGGUCACACUCGCCGCUUCGGGCAGUUCUGGAUGGUGAGUGUGAAUGACCCCCCACAGACAGGGACCUGGGAGAUCCGAGUCACAGCUGCGGGCAACCCCCGGGUCAGAGUGCAAGCUCGGACCUCCCUGGACUUCCUCUUCCACUUUGGGGUCCCCAUGGAGGACGGCCCCCACCCUGGCCUCCACCCCUUGACUCAGCCAGUUGUAGGCCUCCAGACCCAGCUGCUGGUGGAGGUGACAGGGCUGCGCCGCGGGGGCCGCCCCGAAGACCCGCUGCCUCGCUUCUCCCACGUCGUCCUUCGAGGGGUCCCGGGGGGUGCUGAGCUGGGCCGGGCGCCCCUGGAGCCCAGGGGAGCCCCGGAGCGCGGGCUCCUCGUGGCCUCGCUUCCACCCACGCUUCUGUCCUUCGUGGGGCCCUUCUCUCUGGAGCUGAUUGGCCAGGACGGAGGGGGGCGGGACCUGCGCCGGGCGGCCCCGCAGCCCUGCACCGCGUGCGCCCGACCCACGCCUUCCUCCAGCUCCUGGUGUUGGCCCCCGCCCCGCAGGUGA